AUGGACGACGGCAGCCGCUUCGUCGUGCGCGGCGCGAGCUACGGGUCGACGGCCGCGGCGCGGUCGUCGCUCCUGGAGACGCUCACGCGGCCCUUCCACGACAAGUGGUUCGAGCCGCACGCGUCGCUGCGGGGCGACGGCGGCGCGCGCGCGGCCGCCGCGGCGGCGCCGUCGCUCGCGGCCGUCGCGCGCGGCCCCGCGCGGCUCUCGGCCGUGCUGCGCCUCGAGACGCUCGGGCGCGGCGCCGCCGACGCCGCCGCGGCGGCGGCGGCGGCGGCGGCGGCGGCCCUCCUGCCGCCGGGCGUCUUCGACGGCGCGCGCGGCGACACGGCGCACGUCUACGUGUCCGCGCCCGGCGCGGCCGCGCUCGCGAACCACACGGACGUGACGGACGUGCUCGUCGAGGGCUACGACUGCGACGGCGACGAGUCCUGCGACUACAACUGCCCGACGUGUACCGGCUGCGAGGCGUGCGCCGCGGGCGAGUAUAGCGGAGCGGGGGCGACGUACUGUUUCUACUGCCCCGCGGGCUCGAUCUCGUCAGCGGGCUCGAACUGCUACGACUGCCCCGCGGGCUACUACUCGCCGGUGGACGGCAGCGCGUCGUGCUCCGCGUGCGGCGCCGGCACGUACAACAACGGCGCGGGCUACGCCUACUGCAGCAACUGCCCCGCGGGCUCCUACUCUUCCGCGGCCGCGACGAUCUGCGCCGCCUGCCCCUUCGGCACCUACCAGGACUCCGCCGGGCAGGCGUCCUGCCUCUCCUGCGCCGCGGGCAAAUACUCCGCGGCGUUCGGGGCGUUCUUCUGCUCGACGUGCGCCGCCGGGGCCUACUCCGCCGCGGGCGCGGCCUCCUGCACGGCGUGCCCGGCGGGCACCUACUCGUCCUUGAGCUCCGCGACGUGCGCGGACUGCCCGGCGGGCUCGUACGGGUCGACUACGGGCGCGGCGUCGUGCGACCCGUGCGCCGUCGGCACGUACGCCGCCGCCGCGGGCGCGACGUCGUGCGUCGCGUGCCCCGCGGGGUCCUACGCGGACGCCGCCGGCGCGUCGGAGUGCGCGCUCUGCCCCGCGGGCACGUACUCGUCCACCGCCGCGUCGACGUGCGCCAACUGCCCCGCCGGCACGUACUCGGAGACCGCCGGACUCACGGCCGGCGACGACUGCGCGCUCUGCCCCGCGGGGCGAGCCGCGAGCACCGAGGGCCGGACGUCGUGCGAGGACUGCCUGCCGAGCACGUACUCGCACGCCGGCGCGUCGGAAUGCGCGGACUGCCCCGCGGGCACCUACAGCGAGAACUUCGGCAGCGGCGAGUGCGAGACGAAGAUGCCGACGCCGGAGCCGACGGAGCCGCCGACGCCCGCUCCCACGCCGUCGCCGUCGCCCUGGCCGACGCCCGUCCCGGGGGACCCCAGCGGGAUCCCGUUCGCGUCGACGCCGACCGCGGCGCCCUCAAUGGCCCCGACGGAGACGAACUACUUCGGCUGCGACGAGGCGACGUGGACGCCGCACUCCGACGCGGUGUCCUUCGGAAACUGCGUCGUCUUCGCGGCGUCCGCGGCGGGCGCGAAUCUCGCCGCGGGCGUCACGUCCGCGGGCGUCGUCUUCGACGUCGGCACGAAGGGGCGCCUCGACAUCGGCGCCACGCACGAGGGGGACGCCCUGAGCGGCGAGGAGAUGCUGGCCGCGACGCUCUUCGGCGGCCUCGUCGUCUUCUGGAGCCGCGCGGCGGCGGCCGCGUCCGGCGCCGCGGACCACGUGUCCGUGUCCUUCGUGCACACGGGCUGGGGCCUCGACCCGGCGUCCUGGGCGGGCUACGACACCGUGGCGUCCCUCGACGCGCCGGGCUGGACGGCGGGCGUCCCCUGCGAAAUGCGCCUCGCCUGGGACCCGGCCGCCGGCGAGCUCGAGCUCGAGUUCGACGUCGACGGCACGGCCAGCGCGCACGUCCUGCCGCUGGACCCGGCCUGGGGCUUCGGCGGCGUGAGCUUCGGCACCGCGGGCCUCGGCGGCGUCACGACCUUCGCGCCCGUCGCCUACGCCGGGGCCCUACCGCGGCCGACGGCGUCCCCGACGUCGACGUUCGCGCCGACGACCGCGAGCCCGACGACGUCCGUCCCGACGGACGCGCCGACCCUGCGCCCGACGACGCCCGGGCCCACGCCGCGCCCCACGCCCUGGCCGACGCCCGUGCCCGGGAACCCGACGGCGCCGCCGUCGACGGCCGCGCCGUCGCGCGCGCCGACGCCGACGCCGUGCGACGCCGUCCGCGCGGCGGGCCUCCUCGAGCCCGAGCCGGCGCUGGCGUCGGCGACCUUCUCCGCGACGGGCGCGGAGGUCGACGUGGUCUUCGACGCGCCGACGGACCGGGCCGGCGCCGCGACGGGCGCGCCGUUCCCCUGCGGCGACGUCCUCGACUUCGCGGGCGCGGCGGACGCGGCCUGCUACUGGACCGGCGACGCGUCCGUGUGCGCCGACGUCACGGCGGCCCUGGACCUCGUCGCCGGGUCGCCCGUGGCCCUCGUCGGCGACGCCGUGCUCUCGGUGAACGCGACGGCCGCCGACGGCCGGACGUCGCGCGCGUCCGUCGCGCUGACCUUCGUCGACGAGGACGUGCCCCUCGUGUCCGUCGACGCGUCGGCGCUGGGCGCCCGCGUGCCCAACGGCGCGCGCGCCGUGCUCGCGGGGUCCGCGGCGCCGUCGUCGCUCGAGGGGCGCGAGUUCGCGGAGGGCCGCGCGCUCGCGACGACGUGGGUGCUGAAGGCGGGCCAGCUCGCCGACGGCGGGGCGCUCGGCGACUGGGCGACGACGGCCCUCGACGUCGCCACGGCGGCGGCGCGGGGCGCGCGGCCCCACAGCCUCGUCGUCCCCGGCGCGGCGCUCGUCGCGGGCGCGGCGUACGUCUUCGAGCUCCGCGCGGCCGUCGACGGCGUGCCCCGGGAGGGCCGCGCGUCCGUGUCCUUCGUGAGCGCGCGGCCGCCGUCCCACGGGUCCCUGGCCGUGGCGCCGGCCCGCGGCGUCGCCCUGGAGACGCCCUUCGCGCUGUCGACGAGGGACUGGAUCUCGGAGGACCUGCCGCUCGUCUACUCGUGGACCGUCGUCGACGGCGUCCACGGCGACGCGACGACGCUCAAGGCGGCGACGCGCGCCGCGUCCCUGGCCGACGCGCGCCUGCCGCCGGGCGCGCCGAACGUGUCGCUCGCGGUCGUCGCGCGCGACGCGCUCGGCGGACUCGGGGAAGCGUCCGCGUCCGCGCGCGUCGACGCGACGGCCCUGCGCGGCGCGGGCCUCCGCGACGCGGCGAGCGAGCGCCUGGCCCUCGCCGCGGCCUACGCCGCGCCGGAGACCGUGUACCAGACCGUCGUCGCGGCGUCGGCGGCCGCGCGCAACGACUCGCUCCUGCUCGGGAGCCUCGCCGGCGCGCUCGGGGCCGUCGUCGCGGCCAUGGACGACGACGUCGACCUCGUCGCCCAGGCCGCCGCGGCGCUCAAGGAGCCCCUCCUCUACGGCGCGCUCGACGGCGGCGCCGCGCGCGGGUCCCUCGAGACCGCGCGGCGCCUCGCGCGGACGUCGGCGACGGUCGGCGUCGGCGCGGCCGCGGCCGGCGACCUCGCGCUCUCGCUGAGCGCCCUCCUCGGCUCGCCCCUCUUCGGCAACGUGUCCAACGCGUCGGACGUCGCGCGCCGCCGCCUCGAGGGCGCCGACCGCGGCGAGUUCGCCGGGAACAGCUCCGCGGCGCUCGUCGAGGCCGCCGUCGACGACCUCGCGCGCGCGGCGCUCCAGGGCAGGGUGCCCGACGAGGCGCCCUACGCCGUGACGACGAAGAACCUCGACGUCAAGGCCGCCAAGGUCUACGCGGCGCAGACGGGCGACGCGCCGCGGACGCUGACGCUCGACGGUUCCCAAAGCGGCGUCGACCUGCCCCCGGACUUCGAGAGCGGCGGCGACGUCGACGUCUGGGUCGCCGAGGUCUUGGUCGACGUCUACGACGAGGUCGCGCCGCCGCCGAGGAAGAACCAGAGCGCGCUCCUGUCGCCGUCGCUCCAGGUCGGCGUCGAGGCGGCCGCGGCGAACGACGGGCCGGCGCCGAAGCAGGCCGUCAAGGUGAGGAUCCGCGCCUUCGACAACCGCACGGUCCAGACGAAGAAGCCCCCGAAGCCCGUGGAGCUGCGCUGCCCCUGCGACCACGUCGGCCGCGUCAAUUACACGUGCGACGACGGCGCCGUCUUCGAGAACGAGUGCAACGGCACGGAGAGCGUGCUCGCGGUCCAGUGCGCGACGACGACGACGGUCUGCGAGAGCUGGAACAGCGACACGGGCCGCUGGCUCGCGUCCUGCGUGCCCUUCGCGACGAACGCGUCGGGCGUCGUCGGCUGCGCGUGCGACCUCGACCUGAACUCGCGCGCGGCGUUCGCGCUGCGCAACGACUACGCGGGCAGCCUCGAGGCCUACACGUCGUCGUUCCGGGGCGCGCCGGCGCUCCGGCGCGCGCGCGUCAUGCUCCUGGCGCUCGCCGCGGGCUUCGGGGGCUGCCUCGUGCUCUCCGCGGUCUGCGCCGCGCGCGACAAGCAUGACGCGAAGCAGAGGCACCGCAAGAAGAAGCGCUUCGAGGUGCGGAGCCCGCGGGCCAAGCCCGGCGGCGCGCCGCCGCGGCCCGAGGGCAAGGAGGACGAGUCCAUCUUCCAGGAGUCGCUCGCGCAGCUGAAGCUCUUCGCGUCGACGCGCUCGUCGUGGAAGCGCGCGUGGAAGCUCAUCAAGAUCGGCCACCCGGUCCUGAACAUCCUCACGGAGUACAGCGAGCACGCGAGCCGCGUGGCGCGGCUCUGGAAGUUCGGCUUCGAGAUGCUCGUCUUCAUGUCGGGCGUCGCGCUCGCGACGAAUUUGCACUACCCGGACCCCGGCUGCGAGGACCAGCGCGUCCCGUCGGAGUGCCUCAAGUUCCACAACCUGCAGUUCAAGAUCCCCGGCGUCUACACGUCGGCGGAGCGCGACAUGUGCGAGUGGGACGCCUGCAGCCGGUCCUGCGUCUUCCACGAGCCGGGCGCGUCCGAGGCCCAGUCCUUCGAGCACUACCUGACCAUCGGCCUCACGCUGGCCGUCAUCCUGCCCAUGAUCCUGAUCAUCGACGUCUGCUUCGAGCACUACCUCAUCAGCGGCGUCCCGGAGGCGCUGCGGUGCUGCGCGUCCCCGGACGCGGACGGCGGCGCGCCGCCGGCCGCCGAGGGCGCGCCGCCGCCGGCGAAGCGCGUCGUCUGGGACGACGUCGACGACCAGUCCUUCCGCAAGGGCCGGCGGGGGCACCGGAGCUCCGUGCGGUCGCCGGCGCGCAAGGCCGCGGCGAAGCUCUUCAAGGGCCCGCGGCGCCUCGUCCGGAGCUGCUUCCGCUUCUUCGCGGCGCAGGAGCACCGCGCGGAGCUCGCGGCCGUCAAGGCGACGGUGAAGACGCGCCUCGACGUCGUCGACGCGGAGCGCAUGGCGCCCUUGGUCGCCGACGCCGUCGUCGCGCGCGACGACGAGCUCCGGGCCGCGCUGGAGCAGCUCGAGGGCGCGACGAGCCUCGACGAGCGCCGCGCGCGCUGGGUGCUCAAGCAGCUGCGGAUCCACCUCAUGGACGACUGGGCCUACGUCGAGGACCGCGCGCUCUUCGAGACGUCCGUGGCCUACAUCAUCCGGGGCCGCGUCACCGCGGCCGCGCGGUGGAACGACGAGAUCGCCGCCGUCGAGGGACGCACCGCGAAGCAGACGAAGCAGCUCCGCGCCGCGAAGCUCAUGGAGUUCGAGCGCGUCGCGCGCCUGCGGCCGCUGGAGCGGUCCAUCUACGCCAUGGGCCAGAACCGCGUCGCGGACCUCGAGGCGCCCGAGGGCGUGUCCGCGGUCGCGUACGUGUGCGCGUGGGCGCUCGUCGUUGUGAUCGUCGCGCUCAACGUCUACUACUUGAUCCUCACGGGCAGCGACUACGGGCCGGGCAAGACGGCGGAGUGGAUCAACGCCGUCGUGACGUCGUUCGUGCUCUACUACCUCGUCAUCAACCCGCUGCAGAUCCUGUUCUUCACCAUGUGGCUGCCCUCGCUGCUCAAGGAGCACUUCUCGCGGUGGCGCGACCCGACCGCGUCGGCCCAGUUCCCCUUCCAGACGAAGCUCCCGGCGUCGCCGACCUUCUUUUUGGCCGUGUGGCACCCGGAGCUCCACGACACGAGGAUCGGCAAGUACUGCCUCGGCGAGCUCGAGCACCGCGCGGAUCUGGAGGGCGGCGACCUCGUGAAGACGCUGAACCGGGUCUACCGCGAGGCGACGUGGAAGCCGAGCGUCCAGGUGCGCUUCACGCUGGCGCUCCUGUCCUGGUUCCUGCGGCUCCCGGAGUGGGGGCAGGAGGUGCUCUUCGAGGAGUUGUUCGCUUCGCGCCCCUACUACGUGUUGAAGAUCGUCUCCGCGGUGCUCUUCCGCUGCUUCGACGCGUGCCUCCCCGACCGCGACGUCGAGCACGAGCCGCCCGCGCCCGCCGUCGCGCACCCGUCGUCGCCGAAGCCCCCGAAGCGGGCGACGGCGCCGCGGAAGAAGAAGAUGCCGAAGAAGGCCGAGACGAAGAGCGACGCGUCCAUGGAGGGCAUCGCCAUGACCGCGCUCGCGCUCGUGCGCCCCGAGUUCGACGACGACGCCGUGGACCUCGGCGGAAGCCCGCGCGCGCGGUCCCGCUCGGGCCAGGUCGACGACGACGGCUUCUGCCCGGACACGCCGCGGAGCGCCGAGCGCUUCGGCACGGCGAACCCCCUCCGGUCGCCGCGCGGGACGUCGUCCGGCGGCGGGGACCGCGACCCGGGCGCGCGCAAGGCGAGUCUCUAA